AUGCGACAAUCUGCAGUGAUUCUUCUGUCAAAGGGUAAGGAUUCCUCGAGAAUUGAGAAUUGGCGGCCCAUUAGCCUUCUCAAUGUUGAUAGGAAGAUAUUGGCAAAAAUUAUUUUCUGGCGUUUAUCGUCUGUUGCGGGCAAUUUACUUUCUCGCCAUCAGCACUGUUCGGUUCAGGGAAGAAGCACUUUUUCAGCGGUGUUAGCUGUCCGGGAGGCCCUGGAGCGGUGCAGGGCUGCAGGCUGGGGAAAGUUCCUGCUGGCAUUGGAUCAGGCCAAAGCUUUUGAUCGAGUCAAUCAUGAGUACCUAUGGCUGCUUCUUGGCAAGUAUGGCCUGGAGGGGGGCUUUAUCGAUUGGCUAAAGACCUUAUACAGAGGGGCUGAAAGCUUCAUGCUUGUGAAUGGUUGGAUUGGACGACCCUUUGAGGUUGGCUCAGGUGUGCGUCAGGGGUGUCCUUUGAGUCCUCUGCUAUAUGCGUUUGUAAUCGAUCCCUUCAUUCGGAGGUUAGAGAGCGGACCGUUGUGUGGAGUUCCUUUGGGCAUUCCUGGGGAGCCCCCUCUGAGGGUCGUGGCCUAUGCUGAUGACGUGUCUGUUUUCAUCUCCGGGACGCAGGAGGCAGAGGAGGUGGUCUCGGUGAUGGAACAGGUGGUCUCGGUGAUGGAACAGUAUGCUGAGGCAUCUGGCUCAAAGAUCAAUCAGGAUAAGAGUGAGGUUUUCUGGAUGGGAGAGGAAGGCGAAGGCUUUACCCUUCCGGACGCCUUCCCAGAGCCCCAGCAGGAAAUUAAAGUUUUAGGCAUCAGAUUUGGUCCCGGUGAUUACGGCCUUGCAAAUUGGGUAAGCAGGCUACAAGAUGCCGAUGCCAAGGUGGCCAGCUGGAAGGAUUGGAAACUCUCUUACAGGGAAAGGAUUGACCUGAUUAAAACUUACCUGAUCCCGGUAUUUCUGUAUGUCAGCUUUGUCUGUGUUUUGCCAGUGUCUCUCUAUGCGAGGAUCUACAGUUGUUUCUUCCAGCUGUUAUGGGGGCACAAACUGAACCUCAUUAAGAGGUCUGUAACCUACCUUCCCAGGCGGAUGGGUGGCCUAGGUAUGGUCAACCCGGUGGUUUUCUUUUCUCUGAUGUUUUUGAAACAUAAUUUUGGUAGCAUGCUGGCAGAGGAACCGCCUGGGUGGGUUGGUAUUUUUCAGUCCUGGUUUAGGCCUUUUCUACGGAGCUGGGAGAAUGGUGGGCCAGUGAAAAGCCUGAGGGUCCAACAUGGUAAGCUCCCGGCUUAUGUUGCCCCGUGUCUGAAAAUGCUUCGGCAAUGGCGAGUGACGGCGGAGGAAAUUAAAUCUCUUCCUAGGAAGGCCCUGGAGAGGAGGGUUGUUGAAUCUGCCUUUAGCGAGCCAUUGGCCUUGAGGGAUUGCCCAGGCGGUUAUGAGGGAGGGUCUGCGUUUGAUGAAUCUGGAGAGAAUCCCUUUAAAGUUUCGGGAUUUGGCCUGGCUCUCGUUCCAUGGCAGACUCUAUGUGAAGGGCAACCUGAAGCAUCGCUCUGCGGAGAACCGUGGUUGUCCAAGAGUGGAGUGCGGUGGGGUGGAGGAGACGAUGGACCAUUUCUUGCUUCAGUGCCCCUUCAAUAUAGAAGUCUACAAGCGGGUGGGUGGGGCUCUGGGGAUCCCUUUCCUUUCCCGCUUGAGUUACGCGGAGUGGUCUUACGGAGCCUUUCAGACUCACCGGGAUUUUGA